AUGUCGGCCGCAACCCAACACUCCAUGGCACGUCUGCGCACGAAGAUGCUCUGCGCCGCGCGGGCAUUUCCGGACUACAACUUUCGCGCGUAUUUUGUGCGGCUGGUGAAGGAGCAGUUCUCGGCGAUGGAGCGGUGGAGCGUGGAGGAGCAGCAGCGCUUCCUGGCGCAGGAGGGCGCAAAUAAAUUGCGCGAAAUGCGGCGCAUGGCGCUUGUCAAUCGGCUGUUCGCGACACAUCCGGUGUUUCUCGAAAAGCGUGCAUCCCCCCAUUUUGGUGGUUCUGGGCAAAAGAUCAAAGAAACGCAAACACAACAAAAAUGA